AGUGGUUGCAACGCCACAUGACAUCCAGCCACUUCCUGUAACUCAAAGGGUGCGACAGCCGGAAGUAGCGUCUCGCUGUGCUGACAUUCCACUUGCUGAGCAGUUGGAUUGAUAGAUUUCAGUCAACAUGCCGGCAUAUCACUCCAACCUGAUGGAGCCGAACACCAGGAUGAUCGGAAACAUGGCCUUGCUCCCCAUCAAAACUCAGUUUAAAGGACCAGCGAGGGGAGACGGUGUAGAGUCUGAUAUAAUUGAUGAGGCUAUUUACUACUUCAAGGCCAACGUCUUCUUUAAGAACUACGAAAUCAAGAAUGAGGCCGACAGGACGCUUAUCUACGUUACAUUGUACAUUUCUGAGUGCCUGAAGAAGUUACAAAAGUGUAGCUCCAGAGGGCAGGGAGAGAAGGAGAUGUACACCCUGGGCAUCACAAACUUCCCUAUCCCCGGAGAGCCCGGCUUCCCUCUCAACGCCAUGUACGCCAAACCUGCGAGCAAGACGGAUGAAGAGACCAUGAGGGCGUACCUGCAGCAGAUCCGCCAGGAAACUGGUCUGAGGCUAUGUGAUCGCGUGUUUGACCCCCAGACUGACAAACCCAGCAAGUGGUGGGUGUGCUUCGUCAAGAGGCAGUUUAUGAACAAAAGUCUGUCAGCUCCUGGACAGUGAACCCCAAUGGACCCACGGUGUCGGCUUCACCCUCACAAAGCAGUUCAAUGGAUUUCUAGUCAGCAGAGAGGCGCCUGUUUGCUGUUUGCUUCAGAUUUUCUACCAUUUUGAACAAAAGUUUUUUUCUUUUUUUUUCCUUCUUCCCUUGUCUGGAUGUUGAUUUAUUGAGCUGGUCUUUAAUGCAAUAAAGAAAUUAUGGAAAUUUG